GGUUAGAACAGUAAAACCUGCGCUUGCGCUUUAUAUAUAUAGUACUUCUCUCAGUGAACAUCAGCCUAGAGCUUUCCGAUAUCCUUAUUGGAAGAAACACCACGAAACGUUUCUGAUUCCACGUUGAGAUAGAUUACUUCUACCAAAUUCCAGCAAGCUAGCCUAGCUCCCUGUAUUGUCCAUCACUAAUGGAGCCGAUGAAGUUUUUAGUUCUUUUGGUCUUGUCCAUUGCGCAAAUGUUGUUCAUCAUUCAACACUGGGACGUCCCAUUCCACAUCUUUUCCAUUUGUUGUUUCCUCACUUUCUUAAUCUACGAAUUUAAGCUCUCAAGGCCUUCUUCACCAGUGUACCUUGUCGAUUUCGCAUGCUUGAAGCCACCUAGUUUCUGCAGGAUAUCUUCCCCUGCCUACCUUGAACAUGUUCGACUGUUUGAUUUCUUGGACAAACCAAGUGUUGCUUUCAUUGAUAAAGUCCUGACUCAUUCCGGACAAGGGGAGCAAACCUAUCUUCCUCCAUCCCUUCAUUACAUUCCUCCAAAAUCAGGCCUUGAAGAUGCCUUGGAUGAAGUCCACUUAGUACUUUUCCCUAUCUUUGAAGACUUACUAUCCAGAGCAAAACUCUGCCCCAAGGAUAUAGACAUUUUGAUUGUCAAUUGCAGCGGAUUUUGUCCUGUUCCAUCGCUAUCUUCCAUCAUCAUCAACAAAUUCUCCAUGAGGGAAGAUGUCAAGAGCUUCAAUCUCACCGGGAUGGGUUGCAGUGCCAGUGCAUUAGCCAUUGACAUGGCCCAAAACAUCCUCAAAACUCACCGGAAUUCCAACGCUGUAAUUCUCAGUACAGAGGUCCUAUCCACCGGGUGGUACCCGGGAAAAGACCGACCCAUGAUGGUCCUAAAUUGCCUUUUCCGUAUGGGUGGCGCCGCCAUCCUGUUGACCAACAGAAUUCAAGCCAAAUGGGAAUCCAAAUAUAAACUAAUUAUGACCCAAAGAACCCAAAGAGCUUUUGAAGACAAGGGCUAUUAUUCUGCAAUCAGGGAAGAAGAUUCCAGCGGAAUCACCGGGUUUACUCUGAGAAGGGAUUUGUUGCAAGUUGCCGGAGAUACUCUCCGGUCUAAUAUUGCAAUCCUCGGUGCUAAUAUACUGCCGGUCACCGAACAGAUUUGGUAUGCUGUCUCCAUUUUCCGGAAGAAAUUCGUGGACAAGUCUACAGAGGUUUACGUGCCUGAUUUCAAGUCGGUGAUUCAACAUUUCUGCUUGCCAACUUCUGGGAAACCGGUUAUAAAGGAGAUUUCAAAGGGUUUGAAACUCGGGGAAGUAGAUAUGGAGCCUGCUUUGAUGACGUUGCACCGGUUUGGAAAUCAAUCUUCUUCUUCGUUGUGGUACGAAUUAGCUUAUAUGGAAGCCAAGGGGAGAAUCAAGAAAGGUGACAAGGUGUGGAUGCUUGGGAUGGGAAGUGGGCCUAAAUGUAUCAGUUUGGUCUUGGAAUGUUGCAGGCCCAUUUUUGGAGAAGCUUCUAGAGGCCCCUGGGCUGAUACUAUUGAAGAAUAUCCAAUCACACCUCAAAGCUAGAAGAAACAUAUGUCUGGUGCUUGAUAGUGCUAGCUUUCCCACACAAACUAUGCAUCUCGAGAUUCAUCACAGAUUUGAGAAAAUUUGUUUAGAACUUUCCCUUUUUCUAUUUAAUUCUACUGAUGUAGAAGAGAAGGGAUUAAAUUGCUGCAUUUCGGGUUCAAUCCUAUGGUCAUUUUUUUUAGAUGAGCGCAACGGCGCAUGGCCUUUAGGUUUGGUAGCUAGGUUUACUUCAUGGUAAUUGUAAUUGCAUUGCUAAUUGAUGAAUUUAAAUUUUGCAUCGAGU